AUGGAUGAAUGGGGAGAAUUUAAUGGUUUCGCUGCACGGCUUCUCUUUUUCCUUCUCCCCCUCCAGGCUCCCUACUCUGGCCGGGUCUUCCUGCACGAAGGCUGGCCCUUGUGCCUCCAUGAGAAGGUGACCGUCCAUCUCAGCCCCUUGAACCCCCUUCUGCUCCGUCCGGGGGACUUCUACCUCCAAGCCGAGCCUUGUGGGGAGCAGUCCGCCUGCCUGGUGGUGAAGUGUCUCUCCAGGGACUUGACCACCGCCGAGAAGAUCUCCAUCCCCGAUGCCUCUUGCUCCUGGCUCUUCACCGACGCUUGGCUGGAGGACGUCAACCGAGACCUGGAGAGGCCCGCCCUGCGCACCUGCCUGGUGGCCACCGGCAACGGGAUUGUCCCCGUCCCCUGGAAUAAAAUAGCCACCCCGGAGUUCGUCCAGCUGCCCAAAGCAGAACAGCCCAUGGAGAAGGACUCCGGCCACCCUGAGGCUCACUGCAAGGCUGGGCCUCCAAGCCACCCCAGCGGGGAAGACCAGGUCUCCAAACCCUCUCCAGGGAAGUAUCCGGGGCUCAUCAAGGUAGACCAAGGCUCCUGGAAGAAGUCCACCCUCUUCGUGGUGCCCAGCCUCUGCGACAUCAUUAGCGAGAACCUGGAAGGCGAAUAUGUCAACCUGGUGGAGUUUUCGGAGGAGUCCCCAAAAGCCGAGAUGUCUUCUCCAGCGGUGGCCCCUCACCCUCUUCAACCGGAAGGCGAGAAGGGGCUUCUUCAGGCCAACGGGGAGACCGGACCUCCGGGGGAGGCCUGGAAUUGUGGGAAGGAGCAAGACUUGGAGGAAGGGCCCUGCACGCCCUGCCUGAGAAGGAAACUGAGCCCGGACUCCAAGACCCAUGAGCCACGGUGCCGCUACCGAGACUCCUACAUGGCGGCUCUCCAGAACCCCAUCAGCUUCAACUCGGGGCUGAUGGCGGCCAUAUUGGAGGAGAUGGACUUGAGCCAAGAAGCGUCCUCUUCCGAGGACACGGAGGCCCAGCCGGAUGAAGGGUCAGGCCAGAUGAUCUCUACGAACCUCCCGGAACACCCCAACAAGGACAGGAAAGCAGAAGAAAGUCCUAAGGCGGCGGCCACCAAACUCACAAAGUCUCCGGCCGAAGGUCCUGCGUCCAGCAGCAAAUUCUCCUUCCUGAAAGGCCACCGUCCCACGGCCUCUUCUGGGGAGGGGCCCGGCUCCCCCGAAAAAGCUGGGAAGGGGCCCGAAGGUCCUCGGAAGAAAACGUUGAUGGUCUCCUCCCCCAAAGGAGCCAGAGCAAAGCCGGCAAGAGGU